AAAAUGAUAUAGAAAAAUGGAUGUACGGCGUGGAUAUAGCAUACAUCAAUGUGGCUCCCACUUUCAGGGCCGCACCAUCUUGGGUGAGGUAUCCGCUUCCGUGACCAAACACUCUUCCCCAUUUCAGCAUCUGAGGGGAAAGAAAUCCAAAUCAGACAGAAAAAUAAAAUGAGAAUCAUUUUAUCUUCUUCAUCUUCCCAUUGUUUUUGUCCAACUUCCAAAACUGCCCAUGCUUUUCUUCUUAUUCCUCUUAAGACCCAUUCGCAUUUCUCUGGAUUUCAUGCACCCAAACGCACCCGAAGGGUUAAAGCGCAAUUCAGUCACCGUACAGAGCUUCCUCCAGUUUGCGACCUUGAUAGGAGGAUCCUCCAACUGAACUCAAGUGCCAGGACCGGCCAGAGCCUGCCCACCAUGACCCAUGCACACUUCACCCAUUUCCGAAUCCUGCACCACAAAACAGCAGUGGUGCCAUUUCUACCGAGAAGAAAAUAUGUGGGCAGCAUUGGCCGGACCUGCACAAAAGCCACCUCACCAUUUACAUCCUCAUCGGCACAGCUCGUCUUCCAUGCCCCGUCGGCGCUGGUAGUGGUGGCCCACAUCAAGCCCUCUAAUGUGCCGCAAAAGUCAGAAGAGUGGUUCGCUCUUCGCAAGGACAAGCUGACCACAAGCACCUUCAGCACUGCCUUAGGCUUCUGGAAGGGCAACCGUCGAGCUGAGCUCUGGCAUGAGAAAGUAUUCGAACAGGAUGCCAAUGCCAUCGUGGCUGUGGCUAGAGCCGCUAUGGACUGGGGUGUGCUCCAAGAGUCUGCGGCGGUAGAGCGGUACAAAAGCAUCACGGGCCGGGAUGUGGGAACAAUGGGAUUCGCGACUCAUGCACAGGAGAGGUUUGGUUGGCUUGGUGCAUCACCUGAUGGGCUACUAGGGUGCUUUCCGGAAGCUGGUAUCUUAGAAGUGAAGUGCCCAUAUAAUAAGGGGAAGCCCGAGCUUGGGCUGCCUUGGGCAGCUGUACCUUUCUACUACAUGCCUCAGGUGCAAGGCCAGAUGGAGAUCUUGGAUAGAGAAUGGGUGGACUUGUAUUGUUGGACACCAAAUGGGAGCACGCUCUUUCGGGUGCGCAGGGACCGUGGAUAUUGGGAGCUGAUGCAUGGGAUAUUGAGGGAGUUUUGGUGGGAGAGGGUGGUCCCAGCAAAAGAGGCUAUUCUGAUGGGGAGAGAGGCAGACGUGAAGGCGUACAUUCCCACGCCUCGGCACCCACAAACAGGGUUGGUGAUUGCUAGGAGCAUUAAGUUGGCUGCUGAGGCAAAGUUGUUGUGUAGGGAGAUUGGGGGCCAUCUUGAAUUCUACAGAUGACAGUGUAGGAAGAUCCAUUGGUUCUAAAUGCACGUGUUGCUCUGGAAUAUGGUAUCACUGUAAUCUUAUUUCAUCAUCAUCACCAUGGACAUGACUUGUGCGUAGCCCCUGUUACAUGAAACUUGUGUAAUCCAAAGCUCUGUGGGUCCCACCACGAAGUACAUGUCACAUCAUCCAUCAGUUUCGCUACAUCAUAUUAGGAUGUGAUCCAAAAAUGGGGCAGAUUCAAAACUCUGAAGUGAAUCCCACCUAAGGAAACAGUGGGGAUGGGAACACUGACCAUUGAGACCUUCCUUAAGCUCACCAUGAUCUUUAUAUGCCAUCCAACCGGUUCACAAGGUAAUUCCCUACCGUUUCUAGGGAAAAUACAAAUAUCAUCCUGAUUCAAUUACUUCUGUAGCCCUAAGGUUUCAAUGGUGGGGUGUUAGAUCUCCAGUGUUUUUGUGUGGUGUGGCCCGCUUGAGUUUUGGAUCUGCCUCAUUUUGGACUCACAUCCUAGAAUGAUUUGGUGAAACUGAUGGACAGAAUGUAUGUCACAUGAACAUUGCAGUGGACCCCACAGAGCUUUGGGUUACAUGGGUGUCAUGUAACAGGGGAUACACACAACUUGGGUCCCAUCAUCAUCGCCUUCUCCCUGCUUUUUUGGGCUGUCAAAAGUUUGAAGUUCAACGAUGGGCUGCUUAACAUCAACCCUCCAUCCAAGUCUGGGUCCCACCCAGCCAGCACAUCAUGACCAGGUGGAACCUAGAAUACUUGUUGUUUUAUUUGAUUUACAAUGUAUUUAUUUAUCAUCAAAGAAAAUUGAUUUACAUUUUA